UUCCGGAAAACCAACGUGUGCUGAAGUCACAUGUGCGCUAGUUCACGGCAGCAUGAGAAACGCAUGUACUCAGACAACUGUAGUAAAUUAAAGGUAAAAUUUCUCUGAGUGUGCUAGAGAAGAUCGGGAUAAGCACAAGAGCGUGUUUUUGUUAAAUAUAGAGCAACUUUGUAGGAAUCAAGCAUGGGGAGGAAGUUGGAUUCCACCACUAAGGUGAAAAGAGGACCAGGACGUAAGGCCAGAAAACAGAAGGGAGCAGAAACAGAGCUGGCCAAGUUUUUGGUUAAUGAUGAUGAGCCAAAAAAACUUUCAAGCCGAGCGAAAAAACGAGCUAUAAAAAGAGCUCAAGUGUCCAAAGUACCCAAACAAGAGGAAAAGCCUAAAAAGGGAUUCUCAGAUGAGAAUAAUAAAUGGCUAAAACCAGCACAAAGGAAGCGAAAGAUUGAACAAUCUGAGGAAGAAGAAGACAGUGACAGCCAAUGGGAAGAAGAUGAUGAUGAUGAUGAAGAGGGCCUUGUUCAACAGCAAAUGGAGGAAGAGGAUGAUGAUGAUGAAGAUAUGGUUGAUGACUAUGGUGCUGAAGAACAAGACAGUGAUGGAGAAGAGCUUCUGCCAAUUGAGAAAGCUGCAAGAAAACAGAAAAAACAAACAAGCUUGAAACCAGAGAGUGAUGAGGAGGAAGAUGAUGACGACGAUGAUGAGGAUGAUGAUGAAAAGGGUGAUUUAGAUGAAGAUGAUGAUGAGGAGGAGGAGGAAGAUGAUACUGUACAGGCAAAUAUUGACGAGACUGAACAAUUUAAACUCCCUGGUGCAGCUGAUAGAGCAAAGGAGGGUCUUUUACCGAUGGACCUACAGACCAUCCAUCAGAGGAUCAAAGAUAAUGUGGAUGUGCUGUCUCACUUCUCUGAGAAGAGAGAAGAGGGCAAGGAGAGGUCGGAGUAUAUCUCUCUGCUGUGCUCUGACCUCUGCACCUACUACAGCUACAACGAGUUCCUCAUUAGUAAACUCAUGGACCUUUUCCCGCUCUCUGAGCUGGUUGAUUUUCUGGAGGCCAAUGAAAUUCAAAGGCCAGUCACCAUCAGAACCAACACCCUGAAAACCAGGAGGAGAGACUUGGCUCAGGCUCUGAUUAACAGAGGAGUGAAUCUGGAUCCAUUGGGGAAAUGGACCAAAGUGGGGCUGGUUAUCUACGACUCUUCUGUACCCAUAGGAGCAACUCCAGAAUAUUUGGCAGGCCAGUACAUGUUGCAAGGUGCAUCAUCGUUUCUGCCUGUAAUGGCGCUUUCGCCCCAGGAGGGGGAGUCCGUGCUAGACAUGAGUGCCGCUCCAGGAGGCAAGACCACAUAUAUGGCUCAGCUAAUGAGGAACACAGGCAUGAUUGUGGCUAACGACGCAAGUGCAGACAGACUGAAGAGUGUGGUGGGAAACAUCCAUCGUCUCGGUGUCACAAACGCUGUCAUCUGCAACUAUGACGGCAGACAGUUCCCAAAGGUGAUGGGAGGUUUCGAUAGAGUGCUUUUAGAUGCUCCUUGUUCGGGUACAGGAGUUAUCUCCAAAGAUCCAGGAGUAAAAACCGGCAAGGAUGAGGCUGAUAUUCUUCGCUCAGCUCACCUGCAGAAGGAGCUCCUCCUGUCUGCUAUUGACUCUGUCAAUGCUGAUUCUCCAACUGGCGGAUACCUUGUUUACUGCACAUGCUCCAUUAUGGUAGAGGAGAAUGAGUGGGUGGUGGAUUAUGCUUUGAAGAAGAGAAAUGUAAAGCUGGUCCCCACUGGACUCGACUUUGGCAAGGAGGGAUUCACCAGAUUCAAAGAAAGACGUUUUCAUCCCACUCUCAAAUUGUCUCGCCGAUUCUACCCUCACUCCCACAACAUGGAUGGAUUUUUUGUGGCCAAGCUGAAGAAGCUGUCUAACACCGUCCCCACCACACCAAAAGAAACAGAAAAUGAAGCAGAAUCUACAAACAUGCAGACCGCAGCCUCGUCGGAGCAAAUCCAAAAGCCAGAAUCCAAGCGACAGAAGCCCGCUUCAACUCCAGAGAAAAGCAACAUGGGCAAGAAGCAGAAAUUAGAAAAGAAGAAAUCUGAUGGUCCCAAAAAGGCCAAAAUUGCUAAGUUGGAUGGUGAAGCAUCCAAAAAGAGUGAGAAACCUAAAAAGCAGAAGGUUAAGGAACUGAAUGGAGAUUCAACAAAAGAAGUAGGCAAGGAGAAGAAAAAGGGGAGCCAGUCUGAGAAGAAAAACAAAAAUAAAACAAAGAAGCUGGUAAAUAAGAACAAAAAAAGAAUGGGGAAAAACAGGUUUAGGAAGUUAAAAAGUAUGCUUGGGAAAGCAAAGUAGACAGUGAAAUUCAGUCACGUGUUAGUGAAUUGACUUGGACCUGUAUGCUCAAGACUGGGAUCUGUCAUUGGUUUGACAAGACAGGAAGUUAAACCAAUCCCAGCUUGCUGUUAAAGACUCAAAGAUCAUUCUUUAGAAACGUACACAAUGAUUUUGUGUAUCUGUCUUGCUUCUCAAGACUUUUGUCCACCUUGUUGCUAUCGCUUUACCGUGAGGAUUUCUUCAGCCUUGUGGUACAAUUGUUAUAAAUGUAUAUUUCAUUGUGUUUUUAUGGAUUUGUUUAACUGAAAUACUGCAAAGGACUGAGUAUGUGAUGUGUUUUCCUGUAAGACUGAGGAUUUUCCUUAUAUCUAUUAAAAAGAAAGUUUCA